UAAACCGCGCCCUACUGUUAUCUUGGCAUGCAAUUGGGCGUAUGCUGCUACUGUAGUCGUGAGUGUGGUGUUAAAAGAUGGCUAGCUCUAGCUUGAAGCAAACGCUGAAAGCUCUGUAUGCUGAGCUUGUAAGAGGAUUGGAUCCGGACUCUGCGAGCGAGUUCUUCUCUGAAGGUCUAUUGACUAACUCAGAGAAAGAGUCAGUCGAUGCCGGAGCCACCAGGACCAAGAAGAACAGGAAUUUGAUGGAUGCACUCCUAAGACGGGACCCUGAAAAAGCUCUCCAGAAGAUCAUAGAAGUCCUGGAAGGAGAAGAAGGAGAGGAUAAAGUAGCAAACGAGGUGUUGCUGCGAAAGAUAGAAGAAAAAUAUCCCCAUUAUUCAUAUGAGAACGGGCUGCAACAACAACAACAACAACAAGGACCACCUCCUCCAGCUGAAGUACCCACUCGAGAACCCAUGAACAUUCCAGUUGACAUCAAACCAAUUGGAGUAAUACCACGAGGUAGCGGGCCGACCAAACCUGCGGCUAUUCCUCAAAUAGCUCAAGUAUCAGCAACCACUCCACAUAAUGAAGGAACUGAUGGUGGUAGGAGGGACCGCUACCCAAUGAACAGUGUACCUCGUGGCUACUGCAUCAUCAUCAACAAUGAGAAGUUUGCAACCUUAAGAGAAAGGGCAGGCAGCAAAUGGGACGCUGAUUCUCUCGAAGAGCUGUUUCGUGAGUAUUUGGGUUUUCACGUCGAGCGUUACAAUGACCUUGACUCGCAACGGAUUCGGAAGCUCAUGAAAAGUGUACAGGAGCAGGAUCAUAGUCGACUGAGUUGUCUAGUAGUUGCAAUUCUUUCUCAUGGUGUGAAUGGUCAGGUAUAUGGAACUGAUGGAGUCCUGAUAAAAGUAGAUGACCUAACAGAUUAUUUCAAUGGAAGGUGGUGUCCGUCACUAAAUGGCAAACCGAAAAUAUUUCUCCUCCAAGCUUGCCGUGGCGGUAACUUCGACUACGGAGCUAUCAAUCCAGAGAGCACAGAUAGCGGGGAGAUGGACCAGUCUGUAGUGUCUCAAAUUCUUGAUGAGGAUGAAACUGAUGGAGGCGGCUAUUCUCUUUUGCCAGAUAAUGCCGACUUCAUACUUGCAUAUGCUACAACACCUGGCUACGUGUCUUGGAGGAACUCUGCCUUUGGAACAUGGUUCAUUAAAGCAUUUGUAGAUACAAUGUACGAUAAAGCAUCCACAGAUCAUUUCAUGGAUAACCUUAUUGAGGUUAAUCGGAUUGUUGCGGAGGAAUAUGAGUCCCGUGGCAAGCAGAAGCAAAUGCCUGCUCCGGUUACGACACUCCGCUACAAGCUGUACCUCCCACCAGUGAAAAGGAAAUAAAACAGCUACUUUAGUCAUUUGUAGUACAUUACCUGUAAUCAUAGAUACUCUAUGCUGUAAUCUACAUUAUUUUUUGCUUCUAAGAAAUUGCAUUUUGCAAGAAAA